CCCCACAACGCCCCCGACUCUUUUCCUCUUUUUGGCUCUCUUUCAAUGACAUUUCAUUGAUGACUCGUGACUUUGGCACCUUAUUCUUCAUAAAACUCCUGACAACCUCAACUGCUUCUUCAACAAACAGGGAAACUGAACAUGGUUGGUGCAAGCUCAAUUCCUCAUUGGCUUGGAAUUCUUCUUGGAGAAAAAUUCUUUGAUCCUUGUGUAGUUCAUGAGUCUGCAAAGAAAAAUGAGAAGAACAUUUUCUGCUUGAAUUGUUGCGUUGCUAUUUGCCCCCACUGCUUGCCUGUUCACCGCCCUCAUCGUCGCUUACAGAUAAGAAGAUAUGUUUACCAAGAUGUCAUACGGUUGAGUGAUGCUCAAAAACUGAUCAAUUGUUCCCUCGUUCAACCAUACACAACAAACAGUGCCAAAGUAGUGUUUUUGAAUGAAAGGCCAAUGUCACGCCCGUUUAGAGGCUCUGGUAACUUCUGCACCAACUGCGAUCGCAGCCUCCAAGACCCAUUUCUCUUCUGCUCUCUCUCUUGCAAGGUUAAUCACUUCGAGACUACCAAACAUGGCGGAAAAAAACUUGACCAAAACUCUGAAUUACUUCCAUCGUCCUACAAAACUAGAAGUGAUGUCAGCGUCACAGAGAUUGAAGAGGAUCCUCAGAUGACUCCUGACUCUGUCCUGGACUCCCCUGUUUCCCCCAGAACUUGGUCGGGAGGAUCAACAAACACUACUGCUACUAGCAACGGUGGCAGUGCAAUAAACUGCAAGUCAUCAUUAAUUGCUUGCACUGCCACAACUGAGUUCGUGAAGAAGAAGAUGAAGAUGAAGAUGAAGAAAAGCAGCUGUGUUUUGAUGCCUCGAGUUUCGUGCCGGAGCAGAUGCUCACAGGCUGCUGCUGCGGCUGACAGUAUUAACCGCCGGAAAGGUGUGCCUCGUAGAUCACCUUUGAAUUGAAUGUGCAAAAUAAAAAUAGUAGUGAUGCCUUCAGUAGUCCUGUGUGUUGUGUGCUUGGAGGAGGGUAACGAUUCGUGGGGAAGUUUUGACCGCGAUGGAAAAUUAAUUGCUUCCCCAAUUUUGUAGAGUUUAUUAUUGUUAUAUGUAGAGGUAUACAACCUAAUUUUAUUAGAAUUUAAUUAUCCCCCUCCUCUUCUCUUUAACCAGAGGAUUCUCCUAAUUAUAGAAGAUAGUAAUAAUUUCAA